AUGGCACAACACACACCUGUCGAAUGCACGGGUGUUCGCCCUGUGAACACGACCACCGCUGACCCUAUCGGUAUCCCGCUGCCUGCUCUUCUCCGCCUUCCUCGCGAACUCCGCGACCUUAUUUACGAUGAGUAUGUUCGCGUGGACGGUGGAUACAUCUACAAACCAGAAACACACAAACUUGCGCAUGCAGAUGGCUCGCCGAUAGGUUUGUCGCUACGCCUUGUCUGUCGACAGCUUGCAGCGGAAUUCCAGGGCCUUGCGUUGAAGCUGAAUACUAUCACUUUUGAGACAUGCUUUUCAGAGGCUUCACGAGAAGACGCAGGAAUGUACCACACCAUGAUUAAGCAGAUUGCGUGGCGUAAGACGGAGGUGGUGAAGACGUUCGCUCCGCAACUCUUUACACCCAUCAUGGCCAAAGCGGUGGCGGAUAUCUAUCCACGCCUCUCGCCACUUGUGGAGGGCUGGAGUACAAGAUCUGAACCUGAACUAGAGGUCUUGGCGACACAGGAGAAAUACUGCGGCGAGGCUCCUUCGAUUUGGCGCGACUGUAUCAAUACUGUCCUGAGUCAGAUCUCAGAACAUCCGGACUUCGAUGUGACCGUACAGGAGGAAGGCAAGGCCAGUCGACGGUAUUGGAUCCCGGACAAUGCUGACCGAAUGUCCAAACUCGUCGACGUAAAUCCAGCACCCUGGCAUAUACCCAACAGAAAGGAACGCGAUCAGCUAGCAAUUGUCACCGGGGUUGAACCAGAAUAUCCGUGGUACAAACAACGAACGAAGUACACCUAUUCCGCAGCUUCGUUAGCGCUUCAAUUUCUCAGGUCACUUCCUGACUCAGCGCUUAUGGCUAUUCGUAACAUCAUUCUGGCGGAGAAUCAUGAAACUGUGACACACCCGGAGUGCCACGGUCGAGGCUUUGUCGAGAUAUGUCGGCAAUACCCCAAAAUCCGCAUUCAACGCUUCGCCAGUCUUUGGAAGGCCGUCUUUCCUGUUGAGCUCGGAACCCGACUCGAUUAUAGCUCUUUCAAUGAAGACGGAGAAGACGCUUCCUUGUUUGAGCGAGACCGACUAGAGGCCAACGACAUUACAUACGCAGUAGGUAUAUGGAUGACGGAAGUACUGGUUUUACCCCUCCUCGGGAUGCCGCCGGGCUGCUUCACACUAAUCCUUGACGGCAAUCCCACACCUGAUUACAUGACCCAAAUCUUCAAAGUCGUGCAGCGAGACGUGGCUUUCCAGGCAGCACUCGACAUCGCAUACGCUACUGGCUCCUUGCCGUCACCGACAUGGAUUGAUCGGAGGCUUCGUACUGGAUACACAUUCGACGUUCUGCCGGGCUUCAUCCAAACGCUCUCGACAGACAGCCCGCUCGUACGCUGCAACUUUGAUCCCGGCCAACCUCACGACGCCAACAAACUCCUGGACGAACACCGGGGGUGGACACUUCAGGACUGGGAAAAUUCGUGGGACACGCAUUCCCCACGCAGGUUCCAAACUGAGGCUCCGCUACCUCCAUGGCAUGAGUUGCGAUGGCAGUAUGUGAUAGUAUAA